AUGGAACCUGCCGAGGUUCGACAGCGCAAGCCACCGACCGCCAAGAAUACUGGGGAGCUUCAACAGCUAUCGACCAAACCACCCUCCGAGCCCCGCCUCAAGCAUGGCAUUCCUAUGCAAAUCCUGCGAUCCAUCCUGUUGAUAACAUGGGUUGAUUGCUGUAUUGUCGUGAUCUGCGUGACACAGCUGAUUGGUGCCCCGCUAUACCUGAUCAACAAAUACUGGUAUUAUUCAUAUAUGGCAUAUACAAAACAGUGUUUCUCACUGGUCCUCACUGCUAUCACGGAAUGGAUAUCACCAACACUCUUCCGCGUCAGUGGUGAUGCUAGUGUGCGUGGGCAAAUCCAUAUCUCGAAGGAUGGGAUGCUGGAGACGAGGUUUCCCGAGCGUCUUGUCCUGAUCUCGAAUCACCAGGUCUACACUGACUGGAUCUACCUUUGGUGGGUUGCAUAUACCAACCAGAUGCAUGGGCGCAUCUUUAUCAUUCUGAAAGAAUCGCUCAAGUAUAUUCCCCUUGUGGGCACUGGCAUGAUGUUCUACGGAUUUAUCUUCAUGGCUCGCAAGUGGACGUCUGACAAGCCCAGGCUCCAACAUCGCUUGGAAAAGCUGAAGACAAAGUACACCGGCUCCAACUCGGCCCGCCCGCAGUACGACCCCAUGUGGCUGCUAAUCUUCCCCGAGGGGACAAAUCUGUCUAUCAACACCAAGGGACGCAGCGAUGUUUGGGGAAAGAAACAGGGGUUGCCUUCAUUCAACCACAUGAUCCUUCCACGCUCUACAGGGUUAUUCUACUGUCUUCAACAACUGCGGGGAACCGUAGAUUGGGUGUACGACUGUACAAUGGCCUAUGAAGGGCCACCCAAAGGAAGCUACCCUGAUAAAUACUUCACACUCCGCUCCACAUAUCUGCAAGGACGGCCACCAACCUCAGUCAACAUGCAUUGGAGACGGUUCCAAGUCUCAAAGAUCCCUCUUGAUGACCAAAAAGAGUUUGAGCAAUGGCUGACUGCACGCUGGGCCGAGAAGGAUGAGCUUAUGGACCAGUACUUUGAAACCGGUCGCUUUCCAUCUGACUUGGCUGGUACAAUCAAGGCCGAUCAUGCAGUAGAUGCUCAGCAGGCUGCUGCUUCUGCUGGAUAUGUUGAGUCGUAUGCUCGCCUGCACCACUGGAGUGAACUUGGUCUUAUCUUUGUGGUGCUGGUUACAGUUGCUUGCAUUUGCAAAUCUCUUACAGGCUGGCAAUAA